GCCACGUAAAGUCAGAGUGUCACCGCUCUGGACUCGCGCUACCCAUCCUCUCAUCUCUGCCAUCCUGUCGACUGCUCUCGCUUCUCUCCUGUCGCUUGCAAGAUGCGUACUGCGAGGAACUGUGGGGCAGGAAAGCGAGUCGUCUGACCACUCUGUCGUGUCCUCUCGUCCGCAGAAGAACGCGCGCGACUCGCCGAACGAACGAUCAACGUCACCCCGAGCCGAGCCGGCUAUCAGUCUUCACACCCUCUCAUAGAUGGAAUUCCUCGGUGACAUCGCCAACGGGCCAGACAGAUAUCGUCCAUCUUUCUUCGAGUUGGCAGCCCAGGAACAGCUCAGAGAGCUACUGCCGCCCGUCAUCAAAUAUAUCCUCUCCGUGCUUGCCCAACGUCGGCCCCGCUAUCUGCUCAGGAUCGUCAAUAGACAUGAUGAAUUCUAUGCCCUCACCAUGUACUUUGUCGAGCGAUACUACCUACGCGAAUGGGGCGCAUCCUUUGCAGAGAAUUUCUAUGGCCUCAAACGACGGCGACGGCCUGGGUUUGCCGCCGAACGCAGCUCGUCUGCCUCGGUGACUCAGCUACAUACCAAUCACGAACGGCUCCGAAGAACAGACAUACAACGCUCUCUCCUCUUUCUUAUUGGUGUGCCUUACGUGCGCGCAAAAGCAGCUGAUCUCUACGAGCAAGUCGGUGGCGGUGUCAACGCGGAUCUGCUCAAUGAUGGCGUAGCAACGGACUCUCUCACACAAGAGACGCGGCACGAGCGCAUUGCCAGACUUUCGAGAGACUUUUAUCGAAGUGCAUACCCCCUCGCCAAUCUGUCAUAUGAAGUCAUGCUGCUCGGCUACAACAUCGCCUACAUAUUCGACAAGACGCCCUACUAUCGGCCUUGGCUGUCUUGGAUGGGCGUCGAUGUUCGUCGGAUGAGUGCCUUGGAUUAUAGGAAGGCAAGAGAAGGAGCGCUCAGCACCAUUUCUUCGCCCCUGCGACGGCGGCAUGGCUCCGGUCUCCCGCCAUCGUACCUGCAAGUCAUCUGGCGGUAUGCUUGCCUCGGCCCGGAGUAUGCAUUCGAGGCGCUCAAGAUCAUCCUGCCCACCUCCAUCUUCUUCUUCAAAUUUCUCGAAUGGUGGUAUUCCUCCGAUUAUGCUCGCUCGCGACGUGGGCCGGGAUCGUCGAGCAGCGAUGCGGCCAUCAGACCACCAACUCCGUUGCCGAUACACCCAAAGGGCGUCACCGCUGGCGAGAAACCUGUCAAAGGUCGAGAUCCCCUCACCGGCGAGAAGAUUACGAAUGCCACAGCAUUGCCAUCUGGUUGGGUUUACAACUACACCAGCAUACACGACUAUGUCGAGAAGCAUGCACGCUGUCCGCACUGUUGUCUUACAUUCUAUACUACCUUUGCUGUGUCUUCCCUCGUGGUAAUCAUUCAUGUACAGACGUGA